AUGCUACUGUUUCACGAGGAGACCAUGCGAUACCUGUCAGAUGCGGAGUUAAAAUUAGAGGGUAUUUUAAACGGUAUGGAGGCAAACAAGUCAUCUGCCUCAAUUAUGGUUGGUCUUGAUUUGGAUGCUUUUCUCAACUUCGGACCCCGGUUUCCUGACCAAAGGAAGCUUCUCGACCUUAUCGAUGGCUGGACAGAACAAGCACAAGGCAGUAUUUCUCCUUUGAAGGCAGUACUACACAUCGCCUUGUCACGAAAAGCGGUCCCAGAGCAUUUCAUCCAUAGGCUUGACAACUUACCCGUUAUCAGAGCAAGUUUGGGGUGCGGUUUGGCUAGAAGAAGGAAGUUUGACCUUGCCACUUCAUUGUUAAAAGACGCACUUCUGAAGUCCAGGGGCGCUUUCAGACUGAUUGAGUUCGGUUAUCUCUCAGCAGAGCUUGUCAAAUGUUUCAAUGCUCUGCAAGAGGAUGAAAAGGGAGAAUCCACUGGAAAGCGUGCCUUAACAUUGUUAACGAUGAAGGGUAAUGACUUAAAGAUGCGAACUGACUUAGCCUAUUUGACUGUAGCCAUCGGGGAUUCUCUCAUAGGCCAGGGUAAAUACGGCGAAGCAAAAGCCAUGUUUACAACCGUUCUCAAAACGGAGGACCUUCCUCCACGUUUGGCCGCUGUUACAGCCCUGAGGAUGAACAAAGUCAACAGGAGGAUUCUACUAAAAGAUGGGUGCACUUUGGCACUUGCCAGCCCGUUGGGCACUGCACUUUCUUGUGUAGAAGAGGCUGAAAGGGAAGUGAAGCUGGAAUGUAUAACAGAGAUUGGUGCAACCAUUGCUCAAUUGGAAUUGAACAGCCAGGAAGAUGUUUUUGCGGACCAUGACGUACAAAACUUUCUCCGAGCUACGGUAGAGACAUUCUCUAAGGACGAAAAUUUGGUGCAGGAUUGGCGAUUGGAGAAUGUUAACGUCCACCUAUCGGAGAAAAAGCGCACAUUUUCACCGGAACGCACUCCAAGUCCCCAUAUUACAUUCGAUCAAGAAUAUCGGACCGAAGGGAUUUCUACAAAUUCAAGCCAUGAGGCUCGGAGCCACAUAGUCCAUGAAAGUUGGGAACAAAAGUCGGCUUUCACGCUUGAGAGGGGGGGCGUACGAAGUUACGCCAGUCUUCUAAUGUUAAGGGCUCUUAUGACCGCAAUAAGACGAAUAGAACUGGAAUAUAACGACGCACAUAUGACCAGCUUCCAUCCAUUUGGGCGACCAGGUUCCGCCAAUAAAAUGAGUCUAGAUGAGUCCUCCCUCGUUGUCUUCCUUCCAUGCCACUAUUUUGAUUACAUCGUGGGUGCAGGUACCGGAGGUAUUGCCGCCAUAAUGCUCUCGCGUUUGCGUAUGUCCGUUCAAGAAUGCCUGGAAAAUUUUAAGAGGAUAUCUUCAGAGCUAUUUGAGAGAAGGAUUAAUGUUUUUGGAUUUCCACGGCCGAAGUAUAAUAAAUCCAUCCUCCCCUCUGCCAUUGACACCAUUAUUUCAGAAAGGACACCGAGUCAUAGUCAAUCUGUGCAAGCAGUCAAAUUCAAGAGGUUCCUAUCUCCACCUGAUUUAUGCCGAACAAUUGUCCUCGCAGUCCGUAAAGAGAGGAUAACCAGUCAACCAGAUGAAACAACACCAAAUCAACGAGAAUUUGAGUGCCUAUACUUAUUCAGGUCCUACAAGAUAGAAGAAUUCGAUCCUGAUAAUCCUCUUCGAAAUUACGGAUGGGAUAUAAAUCAUACCAUACGGGGUGUUUGGUUUACUACCAUAGUCGACCCUACGUUUUUCGAAGCUGCAAUAAGCGAAGGCGAUUUUUCUUUUGAUGGUGGCGCUGGAGUGAACCCUACAUUUGAAGCCUUGGAAGAAAUAUUCCGGUUACAUAAGAACUCCCCAAUAAUGUCAGCCAGUUUUGGCGCUGGAAAGCCCCCCUUGCCAGUGUUUCUUUUCGGGAAGGGACGGGGGCUGCCCUCGCUGAUUAUGCAGCGUGAAGUAUUCAGACUUCUAAAACCGGACAGUAUAGCAGCGCUGGAUUGUGAGGAGAUACACCUGUUAGUUCAAGAAAGGGCUAGGCGUCUUGCCGAUGGCCCAAAAAGCUUCCAGUACUUUCGUUUCAACGUGGAGGGAGAUCUCGGGAAUGUUCCAUUUGACGAGUGUAAAACGAACAGGGAUGAUGGAAUGGGAGGAAAGUGCUCAACUUUCGAAUACAUAACUCGCUGCACUGAUAUUGAGCUCGGGAAGCUCCAAGUUCAAGAGCAACUACGGGAAUUGGCGACUCAACUCGUGAAACAGCGUCGGCAACGUAUCAGAGACGACCCUGAUCGUUGGGAGCGCUUUGCAUGCUGCACAGUAUACAUCUGUUCGGACGACGAAUGCAGAAUUGAUGGGAAGGGUAUAUUCAAUCUCCGGCGUGAGAUGAGAGCACAUCUUCAGGUAAUCCAUGAGUUGCCAGAAGGAGAGCAGGGACAAGAAUUGGAAACGAGGCUUGACGAAUGUCGGAAACUACCGGAGUAUCCCGGUGGACCUUUCUAG